GUUUGAUUGGCUAGUCCCGGAGAAGAGCUGCUUUACAAUUGGUCUAAACGCGUAGUGGGCGGGAUGAAGAGUGCGCGACUUUUUGUCCCCCUUCCAAGAUGGCUGCGUCCAUGGUGCGGCGUUUGUGGCCUCUGGUGGCUAGUCGGGGCCUGCGGCUCCGGGGAGGCUAUGCCUGCAACCAGAGCCCAAGGAGAAGCUUCGCUACGGAGAGGCGAGACAGGAACCUCCUGUACGAGCACGCACGUGAAGGCUACAGCGCGCUCCCUCAGCUGGACAUGGAGCCGCUGUGCGCAUACCCGGAAGAGGCGGCGCGCACCUUGGAUCUCCGCAAGGGGGAGCUGCGAUCUGACGACCUGCCGGCGAUCAUCUCAACGUGGCAGGAGCUGAGGCAGCUGCAGGAGCAGAUCCAGAGCCUGGAAGAGGAGAAGAGGGCUGUGGCCGAGGCAGUGCGGGCCCUGGUGGUCACCCAGGACAACGAUCAGGUACAGCAGGACCCCCGGUAUCAGAGUCUGCGGGCACGUGGCCGGGAGAUCCGGAAGCAGCUCGUGCUCCUAUACCCCAAGGAGGCCCAGCUCGAGGAGUGGUUCUACCUGCGGGCACUGAGGCUGCCCAACCAGACCCACCCAGACGUGCCUGUCGGGGACGAGAGCCAGGCCCGAGUGCUCCACGUGGUCGGAGACAAGCCAGCUUUCUCCUUCCAGCCCCGCGGCCACCUGCAAUUAGCAGAGAACCUUGACAUCAUCCGUCAGAAGCGCCUGUCCCACGUGUCUGGCCACCGCUCCUAUUACCUGCGCGGGGCCGGGGCGCUCCUACAGCACGGCCUGGUCAACUUCACACUCCAGAAGCUCAUCCACCGGGGCUUCACCCCCAUGACGGUGCCAGACCUCCUCCGAGGAGCCGUGUUUGAAGGCUGUGGGAUGACACCAAAUGCCAACCCCUCCCAAAUUUACAACAUCGACCCCUCACGCUUUGAAGACCUCAACCUGGCCGGGACGGCAGAGGUGGGACUUGCGGGUUACUUCAUGGACCACUCGGUGGCCUUCAGGGACCUGCCAAUCAGGAUGGUUUGUUCCAGUACCUGCUACCGGGCGGAAACAGACACAGGGAAAGAGCCGCGGGGGCUCUAUCGAGUGCACCACUUCACCAAGGUGGAGAUGUUUGGGGUGACAGGCCCUGGGCUGGAGCAGAGCUCACAGCUGCUGGAGGAGUUCCUGUCCCUUCAGAUGGAGAUCUUGACAGAGCUGGGCUUGCACUUCCGGGUCCUGGACAUGCCCACGCAGGAGCUGGGCCUGUCCGCCUACCGCAAGUUCGACAUUGAGGCCUGGAUGCGCCGCGGCCGCUUUGGCGAGGUCACCAGUGCCUCCAACUGCACGGACUUCCAGAGCCGCCGCCUCCACAUCAUGUUCCAGACGGAGGCCGGGGAGCUGCAGUUCGCCCACACGGUGAACGCCACGGCCUGUGCCGUCCCCCGCCUCCUCAUCGCCCUCCUGGAGAGCAAUCAGCAGAAGGACGGCUCGGUGCUCGUGCCCCCUGCCCUCCAGCCCUACCUCGGCACCGAUCGGAUCACCGCCCCCACCCACGUGCCUCUCCAGUACAUCGGCCCCAAUCAGCCGCAGAGGACCAGGCCCCAGGGCCAGGCUGCCUCAGGCUGAAGACUCACCCUCAUUGGCCAGUAGGACUGUCACUGCCUCCUGGAGCUUGGGGUCCCUAGGUCCCUGAGCCCAUCCGGACACCUGCCUUCCUCAUGUCUGCUCCCCACCUGGGCGCACCUGCUUUCUUGGGCUCAGUCAGUGCCCCUUGUCACUGGCGUCCCAGCCUGCACCAGGCAGCAGGACAUCUGGGGACUUGGAGUUUCUAGGGACGGGGACGCAGAGAGGGAGGCACCUCCAUCCCUCCUUCCUCCUUCCUGCCCUCAGUGCUUAAGAGUCAGUCCCCCAAUAAAUGGUCAGAACAGAGGCCUUGGAGUUCC